GGACAGACCAAUGCUGUGGAGGUGAUGGUGAGCGGUGCUAAGGCAGACUUGGCACUGCAAGAUGCAGACAGGAACACAGCAUUGCAUUUGGCUUGCAGCAAGGGUCACGAGACAAGUGCCUUGUUGAUUCUGGAGAAAAUCAGCGACAGGAAUCUCAUUAACUGCACCAACGCUGCUCUGCAGACGCCCUUGCAUGUAGCAGCCAGGAAGGGAUUGACAGUGGUGGUCCAGGAGCUGCUGGUGAAAGGAGCCAGUGUGUUAGCUGUGGAUGAGAAUGGUUACACUCCAGCUUUGGCUUGUGCUCCCAAUCGGGAUGUAGCUGACUGCUUGGCCCUCAUCCUCAACUCAAUGAUGCCCACCUCACCCAUGGUCACCAUAGCAGCUUUGCCCACUCUCUCGCUUACUCAAACAGUCAUCAACCACCACCCUAUCUCAAACCACAUUUCCAAAGGUGUGGCCUUUGAUACUCCAGCCCCACUGAGACCUGACCACGCCUCCUACUGCAGGCCAGAACGCCUGCUGUCCUCUGUCUCCGGAGAUGAUGAAAUGAAUGACUCAGAUUCAGAAACGUACUGAGGACUAGUGGAACCUCAAUACUGGCAGGUUAGCCAGCCACUCAGGAGCCUUAAUAGAUCACUGACAAAAGCUUGACAGGGCAGUAAAUACAAGCAGAGUAUUCUUAGGUAAGUCUCUUCAAAUCUAAAAAUAAUCCUCGUCUGAACCA